CUCCACUGAUCGUACGGCCCACUUCCGCCUUGUUGCCUUGGCUUGGCCUUUUCGCAGCAACUGCGUGCCCCCCCAACGAUCACACCUGCCUUUGUGCAUUCCGACACUCUCAUAACUGCUCCUUAUCUCACGUUCACGCGUCUAUAGACUGCUAGACACGUAGAAUCCGCAGCUCUUUCACAGUUGCCCGCGCAUCUCAUCACCACCCAGCCACCAACUCCACCAUGGCAUCAUUUUUCCGUCGCGCCGCGCCGGCGGCUUCGGCUUCGUCGCCCGCCAAGGAGACACCCGCGUCCACGACCGAGAUCUACACUGUCCCACCAGAGGGCGUCAAGGCCGUCAAGAAGUGGGACUACAACGAGGAGCAGCUUGCCCAGAUUGAGGAGCUCAAGGAGUACACUGCGACGAUUGCGCUGCCCGAAAGUGACGACUACUACCCGUGGGAGCAGCGCUUCCUUGCCGACAUUGGCACGCACGCGCGCUACAUGAGAGCCGCCAAGUGGAAGCUCGAUGAUGCCAAGAAGCGCAUCAAGGCGACGAUGGAGUGGCGCCGCGAGUUCCGCCCAGAGACGAUUGAACCUGGAGACGUCGCCAUUGAGGCUGAAACUGGCAAGAUCAUCAUCACCGGCUUCGACAAGGACGCCCGCCCGAUCAUCUACAUGCGCCCUUCGCGCGAGAACACGGACACGUCUCCUCGCCAGAUCCGCCACCUGAUCUACGUACUGGAGCGCGCGAUCGACAUCAUGCCCGAGAACCAGGAGCAGGUGGCCAUUGUGGUCGACUACAAGUCUGCCACGUCGUCCAAGACGCCCUCGAUCAGCACGGGUCUCAAGGUGCUCAACAUCCUGCAGCACCACUAUGUCGAGCGCCUGGGCCGCGGCCUCGUCAUCAACAUGCCGUGGUGGAUCAACGCCUUCUUCAGCGGUAUCCAGCCCUUCAUGGACCCGAUCACGCGCGACAAGAUCCGCUUCAACCCGACGCUUACCGAGCUCAUCGACCCGCAGCAGCUCGACCUCGAGUACGGCGGCGAGUACAACCUCGAGUUCAACAAGGACGUGUACUGGAAGACGAUCACCGAGUUCUGCCGCAUCACGCCCGAGGGCGGCCGUGUCGACCCCGACGGCGGCAACAAGUGGUACCCUCCCUCGGGCAACGGCAUCAAGUAUGCCGUUGACAACUUCAAGCCCGCGGCCGAGGCCGAUGCGCCCCGCUCGCCUACGGCCACGACGAUCGCCAGCGCGCCCAGCGUCGACCAGCUCGCCACGCCCGCCGAGGACGCCACGGGGCUCGCAGAGAACCUCUCCAAGGCGACCAUCUCGGAGAAGAAGGCGGGCGAGGAGAGCGAGGAGACGACCCCGACGCCGGUCACCCCCGCUGUUGCUGCGUAACCAUACCCCAGCCUAGACCCCUACAGCUGCCUCGCUAGCUAGCUACCACUCGCAUUUUGUUCACCGUUCACCGGCUGAUUGAUACCCCAUCACGCCGCAUAUUACCUAGAGGAUUUUUAUUACCGUUGAUCCGGCGACGCCGGACUGUACUCGUAUGCACUUCUUAUAACGC